UAUAUUCGGGACAAAAUUAGGACUUCUCGCGCCAAAACCUAGCCCGACUUGAAGAGCAGCACCGCGACCUGGCCCAGGUAGAAGUAGAUGAAGUGCUUCGUCUCGUGCGUCACGUAGGAGCCGAAGUUGCGGCCGACGAUGCAGUGCCACGUCGGGUUGUACUUCUUGUCGAACUCCUUCUUGACGUAGGCGGCGAUGUCCUUCUCGAUGUUGUACUUCUCGAGCGCCUGCGACGCGCAGUCGACGGCGUCCUGCUGCAUGUCCUCGCUCAUGUCGGCGUUCUUGAUGACGGCCUUGCGCUCCAUCCUGCUAUCGCGUCGUGUUUGUGAAACGCGGGCCUGCGAAAGGGCGGUGCGGUCGCACGGCUGCGUCGGCUGUGCUUUUGUUGUGUUAGUGCCUCUCGGCGGCGGUGCGCGCGCGCGGCCGCUGCGGCCGCGAGGGCUGCGCUUUUAUUUUGUGGCGUGCCCGGCGACGGCCGUUCGCACGCGCUCGGCCACGCGGCUGCCACUAGGGCCCUUUGUCGCGUGCUCGACGGCCGUUCGGCCGUUCGCACGCGGCCGAGCAGCCCGUGAGGGUAGAACGGUGGGCCGCGGCGAGAGAUUUGUUUCUAUUUGUGCGCCGUCGACCGAAAACGUCGGGCGCGCGGUCCGCGGCGGCGCGCGCAAGGAACGCUUCUACGAACGGUGGCUGCCUCUUUGAGCGCGGCCGCUGCCGUCCGCGCAAGCCCUCGCGGCAGCCGGUCCAGCCGCUGGUCGGCUUCAACAGCUUAUAAUAACGACACCGUAACGCACAGUCAAUUCAAUGGGCGGCGGCGGCACGAUUUCGAGCGCAGGACGGCUGGGAGU